AACAAUAAUAAGUGUUUCUCUUAGUUAUAUAAAAAUGAUAUGAUCUUGCAAAAAAAUAUCUUUCAAAUAUAAUAACGAACGGGAAAUAUGUUUGAAACGCGAUUAAGAAGUCUUUUAGAGGAAACUUUGACGCCAACCAAUAAAAAGAGGCCACGACACUGCUGACAUCUAUGGAUGUCUAAGGAUAGGCCACCAGCGAGACCGUAAACACAAGACACGACCAAGAGUUUGAGAACCUCUGAUCUACUGUUGUCACAGAGGGGGGGACCAUGGGAGACCAUACUGUGCGCUUGCGCAAUUGCACUAUUUGUAAUUUGUAAUUCAAGAUUGAGGUUACGACUUUUUCAGAUUGAAACAAUUUGCCUGUAAAAAGAAUUUAAUCCCUGUUACAAAUUAUUCUUGUUGUUAAAAGUACUUGUAUUUAAUUAUAUUGACAGCUUUUCGUGGCGUGAAUAUGUUGGAACUUCAAGAUUUGAAAGAUUUUUCGAUUCACAGGUGGUAUGAGCCGUUUAAGCAUAUUGCGCUUCAAACAGUAUUAUUGGAGUUGCCAGAGGUAGUUGUAGACAAGCUUAAAUCAGAUGAUUCAGAUACAGAUGUUGCAGAGGUUUGUCCCGUAGAGUUUAUGGGUGCUUUAAAAAAUGUUAUCAAUAAUUUGGACAAUAAUGCUUUUGUGAAAAACAACUGGCAUGCCCCUAUGGACGCCAAAAUGUUCAGUUUUGGGAAUGAGUUAAAAGUUACAAACGUGAAUGAUCUGUUUUUAUACUUAACUACUUCAAAUAUUAUUGCUGAAGAUUUUUCUUCACAACAGAGUAGCAUUCCGUUUUAUUUGGCCUUGAAGCCGUGGAAGAGUAUACAUCCAGCGUCUGAAUUCCGUUGCAUAGUGAUCAACAAUGUAUUGAGAGGAAUAACCCCCAGAGACUGGCCCACUUACUAUGCGCAUUUUAAGGAUGAAGGCCCUUUAAUCAUUGACACAUUAACAAAUUUUUUUAAAGAAAAUAUCCUUGGCAGAUUUCCACGCAAACACUAUAUAUUUGAUGUUAUUAUGUCAUAUCCAGAUCAACCCAGUAUUGUGGAUUUUGGGCCUAUAAAUAGCAAAACCAAUUUGUAUGCAUUCUCAUGGAGGGAAAUUUCGCCGCUUAUUAAUAAGGACUCACCUGAGGAAGUCGCUCCUAUAUUUCGCUACUUAGAUUCUGACAUUGGCAUCAUGACAAAAGCAGAUGCAAUUUAUAAAAUUGCUAAUGCUUUUACAUAACUAACUUGAGGGUGGCUAUAAUUUGCGAGCGUGAAAGGUCAAGCUAAAUUUAAGUUUUAAAAUUUUAUUAUUUAUCACGUUGUGUUGAAUAUAACCAUUUUUGUAUAAUAUAGGCAUUAUAAUGUUUUUUUAAUGACAAAUAAAUAGCUUUUUGUUAUUUGUA